GCUCGAUCCGGCCCAAUGAUUCCGAUCCCCUCUCGUCGAUCCCGUCUCGGCCUCUCGCUCCCGACGCCGGCGACCGGUGAAGCGACGGCGACGGCGACGGCGAGGGCUCCUCCUUUCCCCGCUCCGGCCGUGGCUACCCCGCGGCGUCGUGUCAGGAUUGAAGGGGGUACGAGAAGGUGGACAUUGUUGCUGGAGUGAUUUGAUUACUGGAGAUGGUGUUGGUGGUGAAGCAGCACCGCUGCAUGCACUCGGCGAUCUGCCUUUGCACCAAGGGUCACCUCAGCGAGGAUGCGCUGUACCUCGUCUUCCGCCACAUGAACUGGAACCCUAGGCUGAUCGCCGUCCUCUCGUGCGUGUGCAAGUGGUUUGACGAGGUUGCCAAGCAAGUGCUGUGGAAGGAGUUUUGUCAUGCAAGGGCGCCGAAGAUGAUGCUGGAUUUGCAUUCAGGUGGCAGCCACAUUGUCGAUGGGAACUGGAAGGCGCUCGGGAAGCUGCUCAUCUAUUGCAAUGGCUGUACAAAAGGGGGAUUGUUUAACAACAUUCACGUCCCAGGCCAUUUUGUGUUCAGGACGCGUUUUUCGAGGACCGCAGGCAGGAGUUUCCUGCCUCUGCCAUGUAAGUCAGACGUCUUGUAUGUGUCAGAUCCAUGCGAGCAUCUUGAUCAAGGGGAAGAGGGUGAUUUGGGUUUCUUCCGAGGCAUAUUUAAGUCAUUCGCCACUUCAAGGGUCAAGAAGAUGUUGAUUGAGAAGCGAUUUAGGUUUCAUCCAAGGGAGUUGUGCCCUUAUUGUAAAGCCAAGCUAUGGAACAUGUUCCAGGCGGAUAUGAUUCCGAGGAGUGCUUCCGCUAGGCUGGGUGCUUAUGAUGAUUCCGUGGAGUAUUUUGUAUGCCUGAAUGGACAUGUUAUUGGAAUUGGUACCCUGCUACCACUCUCAGAUUCAGAGGAAGCAGCAGAUGAGUAAUCAUCAGGAACUUGAAUCAGGUUUGCAAGAUUGAAGCCCAGGGUCUGUGACUGCUGUACGGUGCUGAAUCGUGGUUGUGACUAGCAGAGUGUGGGAUGUCAUUGAUUCGGCAAACUGCGGCGAGACAAGAAUCUGUGACGGGCUUUGCAUCAAACUGCAGUGUUGUUCGUCCCGGUGCUUUGCAUCAGAUGGAAAAAGAGGAGCUAUUUUACGUAGUCUUUCCUUUGUUUAUUGAUGCCUCAUUACUUUUUCUUGUAAAUCGCAACGGAGACACCACCCCUUGCCUUGUUCCUAAUGUUUACAGCAUGCGUAAUUAGGUGUUUGGCUCAGUGAGACUCGAGAUGUGAGGUUUGUGCUCAUGGUAUUCAUGUGUUGUUCCUUACCGUGUUGUUUUUGUUGUUGACUUCACUGUAUUUGGUCGCUGUACGAAUCUGGAUACUGAAGGAAUCGAUCCAUAGGCACUUCAUAUCUGUUUUUCA